AUGUCACAUUGCCAGAUACUUGCCAAUAUCACCCACAUUCCUCCAACGGAGCUCCAUUCGUUAAAUGCUCCCUGGCCAUUUUCAACAUGGGGCAUUGAUAUAAUUGGGAAAGUCAUGCCAAAGGCAUCCAAUGGACAUGACUUCAUCCUUGUGGCCAUAGACUAUUUCACCAAAUUGGUGGAGGCACAGUCCUAUGUUGUCUUGAUAGCUGCAAAGAUAACAAAGUUCAUCAAAGAGAACCUCAUAUGCAGAUAUGGAGUGCCACAUGCCCUCAUAUCCGAUCAACGGGCACAUUUCUGGGGAAAGGUUGACAAGUUCUGCACCAAGUUUGGUAUUCAAAGGCAUCAGUCUAUGACUUAUAGACCACAAACUAAUGGCGCAGUGGAAGCAGCCAACAAGAAUGUCAAAGCCAUAUUGCAGAAAAUGGCUGAUACCCAUAAGGAUUGGGCAGAAAAGCACCCAUACGCAUUAUGGACCUAUCGAAACUCAAUUUGA